AUGGAGGAAGCGGAUCGAGCGAGGAAGAAGACGCAGCUGUGGACGAAGGCGCUGAUAACACUUCUCGUUUUGCUUGCGCGAUGGGUUCUUCACCGGGGCGACCGGCUGGCGCACACCCUGCGGCUGGUCGCCGCGCUGCUGUGGAUCGUCGUGGAGGCGCACGGGGACGCGCCGCGCACGGCGGAGAUGCUCCGGGGCACGGGGAUCAUGUACCGCCACCUCACCUUCCGGGAGAACUUCACGGAUCCCGCCGCGGAGGCGCACCACCAGCGCAACGUCGCCCUCGGCCACCUCGAGCACCACCGCAUCGCCGGCGUCGUCCACUUCGCCGCCGCCGACAACGUCUACGAUCUCCAGUUCUUCGAGGAGAUCCGCCGCAUCGAGGCUUUCGGCACGUGGCCGGUGGCAACGAUGACGGCGAACGAGGAGAAGAUAUCGGUGGAGGGCCCCAUUUGCAGCUCAUCGAAGGUUGUCGGUUGGUUCUCCGGGGAUUUAAACGACGGUACGGCCACAACGGUCACCUUGCCGACGGAAACGGACGUUACUAACGGCAACGGAUCAUCCGCCAAACCGUUAGGGAUCAACAUUUCCGGGUUCGCAUUCAACAGCUCGAUACUGUGGGACCCGGAGAGGUGGGGCCGCCCCACGUCCUUGCCCGACACGUCACAGGACUCAAUAAAGUUUGUGCAAGAGGUGAUUCUGGAAGAUGAGGCCAAGUUGAAAGGUGUACCAUCUGAUUGCUCUCAGAUAAUGCUGUGGCACCUCCACAUCCCAAGUUUCACCACCCCUCUCCCAUUCGGUCAAAGACAAAUUAGGCCAAGAUUUAUGGAUAAGUAGAGAGAAAAAACAAAAAGAAAAAGAAAAAAAAAAAAGAAAGAAGAUGGAAGUAAAAUAUAAAAGAGAAGGUAAAAGGAAAAGGACCCAAAAAAGGUGAGGUGUAAAUUUAGAGCUGGGUUGGGGGUGUUGGUAGCUUCUGCUUAAGUUUUUGGGGCUUUUCUUUGAGGGAAAAAUUAGUCCAACCAAGCACAUAUUGUUUAUUAUAAUUUCACAUUAUUCUUUACCUUUAUUUUUUUUAUAUAAUAUAUAUUAGGGGUUGCUCUCCAAGCCCCUGGUGUAUCUGAAAUUAAGAUGUACUAUUAUGUAUAGCCAAUCACAAGGGGAAGCAAGGAAGGUGAUUCAUUAUAUAUACUUAUAGUUUCCUAAAGAAAAUUGUUCAUAUAUUUUAUUAUUAAAAAAAAGUGCUUGUUUUUUU